GACUUGUCUAUGUUGCUGGGUGUAGCGGGCAUGUCAUUCCCGUUGCUGUGUCUAUGUGCAUGGUAAUGAGUAAGGCGUCAUUCAUUUUCCAUUCUGUUGAUGGGUUAUUUCCAGUUUGGGGCUGUUAUGAAAGGACUCUGAACGUUCCCAUGCACCCUCUUGGUGCUCACACCUACGCAUUUCUGCUGGGUGUUGACAGCCUAGGGAGUGGAAUUGCUGGAUCACACGGGUGGCAUAUGUUCGGUUUCAUUAGAAAACUGCCAGUUUCCAAAAUGUCUCUACCAAUUUACAUUCCCCCAGAAAUACAAGAGAGGUCCAGUCGCUCUAGUUUCUCGCCUCCACAUGGUGUGACGGUCUUUUUCACUUUAGCCAUUCUGGUGGGUGAAGAACUCGUAUUCGCAGCGCCUGACGCGUAAUUGGCACUCAGUUAACAGGACUGUUGAAUGAAUGGAUGAAUGAGUAAGUCGGGCGGUGUAGACCGAGAGCUUGGCGAGGGCGGACACACGCACGCACUCCACACACAGCUUUUCGCGGACACCCACCGCGGCGCCCCCAGCCCAGGACACAGACCCUCUCGCGCACCCCGCGCCCACGUGGUCUGAACGCACGGCCUAGGUCCUGCCGCGCGCGUCCGGUCGCCGAGCCGUCCCCAACUCCGGCACUCGGCGGCGGGCAGGGGGCGCUGCGCGUCCGGGCGCUCCGAGGGGGCGGGCUCGGGUCGGGGCGGGGCCGGCCGGGCUUCCAGGCCUGGGCUCUGGCCGCCCGCGCCACCGGGCCGCUCCGGGGACGGGCCGGGGCGGGGCGCGGCGGCAGGAAACAGGCGGGGACUCGCGGAGGCGUUGGGGACGAGAGAGGGCGCGCCCAACUCCCGGGGGGACGGCAGGCCGAGAGCGCGGCGCCCGGGCCUGGCGCCUAGCCUGAGCCCGCCGGACGGGAGGCGGCCCCGCCGCGGGCUCGGCCCCGGCCCCAACCCUGCCAGCAUGGCCGGCCGGACCGUACGGGCCGAAACCCGGAGCCGGGCCAAGGAUGACAUCAAGAAGGUGAUGGCGACCAUCGAGAAGGUCCGGAGAUGGGAGAAGCGUUGGGUGACUGUGGGCGACACUUCCCUUCGUAUCUUCAAGUGGGUGCCAGUGGUGGACCCCCAGGAGGAGGAGCGAAGGCGGGCAGGCGGCGGGGCAGAGAGAUCCCGUGGCCGGGAACGUCGAGGCAGGGGCGCCAGUCCCCGAGGGGGUGGCCCUCUCAUCCUGCUGGAUCUUAAUGAUGAGAGCAGCAACCAGAGUUUCCAUUCGGAAGGUUCCCUGCAAAAGGGCACAGAGCCCAGUCCUGGGGGCACCCCCCAGCCCAGCCGCCCUGUGUCACCUGCCGGACCCCCAGAAGGGGUCCCUGAGGAGGUUCAGCCCCCACGGCUGGGCCAAGAGAGAGAUCCCGGGGCCAUAACUGCAGGCAGCACCGAUGAACCCCCGAUGCUGACCAAGGAGGAGCCCGUUCCAGAACUGCUGGAGGCUGAGGAUUCGGGAGUGAGAAUGACGAGGAGAGCCCUCCACGAAAAGGGGCUGAAGGCAGAGCCCCUCAGGAGGCUCCUGCCCAGGAGGGGCCUCAGAACGAAUGCCCGGCCCACUUCCACCGCGGUGCCGGACACCAGAGCUCCCGGGGGAGGCAGCAAGUCCCCGAGGGCACCCAGGACGAUCCCCCAGGGUAAGGGGAGGUGAGUGGGCUCCCCGAGCAAGCCAAGGCCCCUAAAGCCUCCCUUGGUUGCCCCAAGAUCCAGCCACUACCUGUGCCCUAAGGGCGGAAAGUGCUUCGUAGCUCACCCACCGCGGUAACAUCGGGGCGAGCGGCCCUACACCUGCCCGAACCUUAGGCCGCAGCACCAACUGGCUCGCCACCUGCACCCGAAUGCGUGGGAAGGGCUUGGGGCAGAACUCGGACCACACCCAGCGCCCGAGGCCACCUUGCAAGAGGCCUAGCCGCCAGCGAGUACCGGCGAGGGGUACACUGGGCUGCCCCGCCCACCUCCUCACGCACCCGCACGGCCACGCGCCCAGCGGCCCCAGUGUGCCAUGCGAGGCGCCUUCCACGCCAGGAGAGGCGCCGAGUCCGGAGUCCCGCCGGUGCUGAGCCUCCGGGUCCAUAGGGGACAGGGACUGUGGCGGGGACUGGCACGCCGAACCCGCGGCCUCGCGCCUUCGGCUGCACCGCGCCACGCCGACGUGGCGCUCGGACGUCCACGCAUGCGUAGAAGCCUGCGCACUCGCAGAGACCCCCGCGCGGUAGCAGCCCUGCCUUCCAGGGGUUAGGGACGCCAGCGCUGGGUGACUUCCUGCGCCCGAGGACGUGUAUCAGGCGCUUCCACCAGGGCGCCAGGCUCACAGGCCAACCUGGGAGCCCACGUGGACCAGUGGCCUUUCAGCGCAGGCGCCCGCCUCUCGCUACGGAACUGUGUGGAGGCACGGAGACUUCUGGCGCGGAGAGCCAGUGGCCUAACCUACCUGGAGAAUCCUUGCCCGAGAAUUUUGGGUGGUUCCCAGGCCCUUCACCAAGCUCUUCACUUCUUGACUUCACCAUUGGGUCUGUUGUACUAUAAAAUAAUAACGCCUCCCGUUUAU